UCUUGACCAGCCCCUUGACAGUCGAUAGCCCAGUCGCAUCUGGGAGCCCGCGUCGAGCGACACGCGCUCCGCUGAGCUCCUCUCUUCGGCUCCCGGCGGGCGUGGCUGGGGGGGGGUCUGGCGGCUUCGGGACCCUCGCGGCGCGGCGGAACCCAAGCGGCGGGCAGCGCGCUCAGGCCGGCAGCGGCCGGCUGCGGCCCGGAAGGAGUGCAGGCGGCUUCCACGGAGACGCUUGUCCAGAUUGGCGCAGCUGAAGACCUACCUGAUCUUGUCUACUCAAGUCUGACCAUUUGAGCUCAGCCAGUAGCCUCCUGACUGACUAGUUAAGAUGCAGAAAAGACAAGGGUACUGCAGCUAUUGCCGUGUGCAGUAUCCUAACCUGGAACAGGAAACAAAAAUUAAGGGAAUUUGUCACCAGCAGACUCUCACUAAAGGAAAAACUAAAAGGAGUUCUUCAGGCAGAAGGAAAAUGAUUCCAGAUGGAAGCUCAGAGCUACAGGAAGUAAUGAAGAACAAUGGACAGCACUUGUUUAGUGCUCAGCACAGAAGCCUGACCAGACAGAGCCGUCGUCGGACAGCUACCAGUAGCACUUUGAUGGAACGCUUCCUGCAGGAUGUACUUCGACACCACCCAUACAAUUAUCAAGACAACAACGGACCUGCACCAGAUGAUGCAGCGGCGGCAGCGGCGGUGGCGGCGGCAGCGGCGGCGGAGGCAGCAGCAGCAGCAGCAGCAAAUCCUGAGUCACCUGAAGUGGUUGUUUUGGAUGACUCCGAUGAAAAGGAGGAUGAUACUACAGAGAGCACUGGAGAGCAGAACUCGGAGGAUUCGGAAUCUGUUGAAGAGAUAGAUUGUAGACCUGGUACUUCCCAGGAGUGUGCAGAGGUUGCAGUUCGACCAUCGGUUAUUCAAAGGCUGGAGCGGGGGCAGCAGCAGCCCUUGGAGUUGGCUCAGGAAGUUGAGAGUGGUGUGGAAAGAGUUAAUUCAGUCGGUGUUCAGGCUACAACUAGUGGAAAAGAGUUAGUGCGUCCCCCAGUGAUUUGUAAUGCUCCUGCCAGAGCUUUGCCUAGAGGCUCUGAGAGACCAGUUGCGGCUACCAGUGCUCCUCGGUUAGUACUGGCAGUUGCUUCAGAUUCCUUUCCAGCUUGUGACACAGAAAACCUUGAAACAUACUUUGACUCCCCAGAUCAGGGCACUAGCAAUCCGCCAUCUCAACCCGAAACUAAAGACCCGAAAAAGAAACCUUUAAACAUAAAUUUAGACAAAUUGCUUGCACAGAAAAAUCUCAGAGCUCAGGGUGCGUCUUUUUCCCCUGUUGUGCGAGUUCGUGAGUUAACAGGUGAUGAGCUUUGUUCUGUAAGAGCUGGGCCGUCUUCUGAGGCAGGGGAAGGUACAUCAGGAAACCCCAGUGACACUGACACACUAGCACGAGCGCUUCGUGAAGGUGCCAUUCCAAAGCGUCGGGAGGCAUCUCGUUCAGAUGUGGCUCAUCCCCAAGAAGAAUCAUGUUUGGUCUUUAACAGACAGGAGCACCCAGUGAGUUCUGAAGUGACUUUCCAGCAUGGCUCUCUUCAGCUGGUACCUGGUCAUUCCCAAGCUGCAGUACAUGACUUACGUUAUCUGGAGGAGGAAGAGGAGGAAGAAGAGGAAGAAGAGGAAGAAGAGGAACCUGAUCAAGAAGAUGAGAGCUAUGAAUCUAGAGGUUCUGACACGAGUUUUGACUCUGAGUCCUCUUGUCAGUCACCGAGUGCUCUAUCUGAACUGACGGCUAGAGAAAUAAAUGGAUCAGAAGAAACACAUGCUGACAAUGUGCAGCCUCAGGAUGAAACACCUACUGUUUCUGGAGCAACUUCAGAUAAUGGCAGCGGUUCUCAUCAGGUGCCUACCAACCGUUCUCCAGUGAUUACACAGAACAUACAGCUCAUCAGUCUGGUUGAUGAAAGCUAUGAGUCUAGUGGCUCUGAAGAGAAUUUUGAUGGCGAUGACUCACUUCCGUCAACUAGUCACCAUCCUUCACAGCCUAUGAGAGCAGCAAGCCUUCGUACACAGAUGGCCAUCCGUUUGGUUGACAGCUAUGGAAGUGGCAGCUCUGAAGCAUGUGAAGAUUCUGGGUCCUCAGCUGAUGAGACUCCAGCAGCAACAGGACAGCAACAACCUUCGAAGAAUGCCCAUGCACACCUGGUUGAUGAGAAUUACGGGUCAAGUAGUUUCAGUUCUGACAGUGAUGCGGCUCCCCAAAUGCCUGUUCAAGAAAGAAGCCCCAGAGACAGAGCUGUCCAACAGGAAAAUGAACACCAACCCAGUAGUGCUGAAGCACAUCCUGAACGUGAUGGUUCUCUUGAGACAGUGGCUGAUGAAUCCCAGAGAGAAGCAGAAGAAAUAAAUGUUCCGAACCAGAGUACCAGCCCUGGGGAUAUGAACUGUGAGUCUCAUGGUCCUGAAAUGGGUUUUCAUGCUGAUGCUCAAUUAGAGGCUGAUCAAUCUCCACUAAAUCCUGAGGAAGUAGAUCUUGACCUAGAAAAUCAGAGUUUUCACUCUGGCAUUUCUAACCUAAGUUCUGAUUCCCGUGCUUCUUAUCAGUCAGCUAAUGAUCAACCUCAAGGGGCUUGGGGUGAAGUAAAUCUUGAUGAGUUAAAUGUCGACAUGGAAGUUAAGAGCAAUGGGUGCUCCAGUUCUGAGUUGACAUUUGAUUCCGAUUCCCCUCUUCUGUCAGUUACUGAGCUGUCUCUGCUGGAUGUUGAAGGAAUAAACGAAGAUGACUUUAACCUGGAAGAUGAAAGCUGUGUGUCAAGUAGUUCUGACAUAACUUUUGAUUCUUAUAUUCCCGAUGACUCAGUAGCUGACCAACCUCAAGUAGCUGUUUAUGAGGAGGAACCUGUUGAUCUGGAAAAUAAGAGUAAUGCAUCUUGUGUUUCCGAAAUAACAUAUGAUUCUGAUAUUCCUCUUCAUUCAGGAAAUGAUCACCCUGAAGUAGCUGUUAAAGAAGUAAUCAUUCAGGAAGAAGAAAACGUUCAUUUAGAAGGGAAGAAUGACAGUCCCAGUGGUUCUGAAAUAUGUUUGGAUUCUAAUGCCCCUCUUCAUUCAGUGACUAAUUCUGAUGUAGCUGUUGAAAAGAUAAAUUCCCCUAACGAAGAGCAGGUACACAUAGAACAAAAGGAAAAUGAACCUACUGAUUCUGAACUAGACACUCUUAACUCAAAGCCUGGACAUUCUGAAGAUCCUAUUAUAGUAUGUGCUUCUGAAACAAAAUUGGAUUCUCGUAUCCCCUUUCAGUCAGUUAUUCGCAAAUGUGAAGUAAUUGUCAAAAAUGUAUGCCCUCCAAAAGAAGAGCAUGCUCAAUUGCCAAGUCAAAGCACGGAGUCUCAUUCUGAAAUCAAUUCAGCUUCUUCUUCUGCUCCUCAAGCAGUGACAGAACCUUACGUAGGUAAGAAAGCCAAGAGAAAGACAAAGCAUCUUGAGGAAGUCAAGAGCGAUGAUGAAUAUGACUGUCCACCAACUUUCCAUUCUGAUGGUUUGCCUCAGUUAAUGACUGAAAAACCUCAACCAGCUGCUUUGAAAGAGGGCCAUGCUGACCCAAAGGAUGAGAGCACUGAAGCCAGUCUGAAUACUGCUGGUUGUCUUGAUUCAGUCAUUAGCCAACCUCAGCCAGCCGAGAAGGAAGACCAUGUUGAACUGGAAGACACAAACAGCCAACCCAGUGAUUCUAAAGCAAGUGUUGAUUCUACUGGCCACUGUCAGUCACCACCUAAAGACGAUGUGAUCACAAAAAUGAGCCAGUUGAAAAACGAGGCAAAGGACCUUGAAAAGAAGAUCAGUGAACUUAUUUAUUCAAAACUAAUGCAUGAUUCUAGUGUUUCUUUUCAUUCUGCAAUGGAUCACCUUGAACUAGCUCUUAAACAAAUAAAUCUUGAUAGUAAUGAUCAAUUGCCCUCAGAAGAUAACAGCCAGGAUGCCAGUUCUGAAACAAAUUUGCACUCUGAUUUGUCAGUCCAGUCAGUAGUUGGAGCACCUGAAAUCACUGUUUUGGAGCCUGAACACGUUGAACUUGAAGGUAGGAAUAACGAGUCUUGUGAUUUUAAUGACUCUGUCCAAUCAAAGGCUGAUCAGCGUAGUGACAGUGAGGAAAACCAAAGUCAGAAGGAUAAAGAGGACACGGAGGGUAAGAAGGAUGAGGUGCAGGGUUUGGGAAAUACAUGUGUUUCCAAUGUCCCUCAGCCAUUGGCUGGCCAAACUGAAGUUGAAGUAGUUCAGGAGAUCAGCCAUUGGAAGGAGCAGGGGGAUUUGGAAGAUACAAUUGGUGAAUCUAGUGACUCACAAAUCAACUUGCAUUCUGAUGAACCACUCCAGUCUGUGACUAAUACAACCCAGGAGGCUGCUGAAGAAAUACAUUUACUGAGGGGACAUGUUAGACCACAUGAUAGUGACUGUGAGCCCUGUGGCUCUGAAAUAGUGGCUAUUUCAAAUGUCAUUUUUUGCUCAGUGACUCGGAAACCAGAGUGUUUGCAAAAAGAGUGUGCCAGUUCGAAAGUAAAGAGCAGCAGUCCUUGUGGUCCUGAGGUGAGUGUUGAUUCCCAUGACGGUCCUGAAACAAGUUUGGAUUCCAGUGAUCCUUGUCAGUCAGUAGCAGGCCAUCUUCAGAAAACUGUCAAGGAAAUGACUCUGAAGGAAGACCAUAUUUACCUGGAAGAUAAGAGCUACAGGCUAGUUGAUUUUGAACCAACUUACUAUCCUGAUGAUCCUGUUCAGUUGGUGACAUAUCCAUCUGUGGAGGAUGCGUCUAUCACAGAAGUAAACUUGCAAAGUGAGACUCAUAAUGACCUAGAAAAUGAGACCUUCCAGCCAUGUUGUUCUGAAGUAACAUGCAGUUCUGGUGUUCAUCUACAGUCAGAAGUUGACCCACCUCAAGUGGCUUGCACAGUAGCAGAUCUUGAGAAGAAAGAGCUUGACAUAGAAGAAAAGUACAACGAAUCUUGUGAGCCAGAAGCGCUGUAUGAUUCUGACGUCUCUUUUCAGAUAGUAGUUAACCAGCUUCAAACAGCAGAUGAUGGAGAAACAGAUUCACCACAGGUGGUAUUUGUGGAUGUUGUGUCCAGUGAUAGUGAUUGUGACCGGGAAGUAAUUUCUGAUUCAAAUAUCCCUCUUCAGCUAGAAACUGAGCCACCUCAGGUGACUGUUAGAGAAACCAAUGAGAUAAACACAGAUUCUGUUGAUUCUGCAGCAAUAGAAAAGUACUAUUGCAAAUUCUGUGGUUGUGAUUAUGGAGCCUCUCAGUCAGUGACAAAUCAAUCCAAGGAAAGUUUCAAAAUAAUAAAUCGGAAGAAUGACUACAUUAUUCUGGGAGAUUCCACUUGUUCAUCUUGUGGUCAUGAACUCAAUUUCAAUGUUGAUGCCUCUGAACAGCCCAGUACCUGCCAGUUACAAGGGCCUGAUGGUAACUGUAUUGUCCCAGAAGUUAAGAACUAUGACUCUAAUUGUCCUGAUGCCUCUGAACAGCCCACUACCUGCCAGUUACAAGGGCCUGAUGGUAAUUGUAUUGUCCCAGAAGUUAAGAACUAUGACUCUAAUUGUCAUGAUGCCUCUGAACAGCCCACUACCUGCCAGUUACAAGGAACUGAUCGUAGUUCUGUUGUCCCAGAAGUUAAGAAGAAUGUCUCUAAUCGUCAUAAAAGACGUUUCACUUCGGAAGAUACUGUCAAAAGCGUCAGUCCUUGGAAAGAGCCAAGAAGUGUUGCCUGUCGAGACAGGAACUGGGAAUCUAGCAGUUUUGCACCAGGCCCUCCUCUCUGUCCUAUGUCAGUGAUGAGCCGGACAACUGUGAUGCAUAUCCCUUUGAAGAUACCAGACGAGGAUCUAGAAACUUCUCCAUCUGACCUGCGUUUUUACUCUGAUUCUGACACUGAUGAACCUCAACCUGCCAAGAAAUCACGUUCCAGUAAGAAGAUAACUUUUGACAUGAAAGUAACUAAGUAUGAAUAUGAAGACCUCGAGGAAAUGGAAGGAGUGGAAGAGUUUGCAGAACUAUUUCUUGAAGUGCCACCUCAGGUUCCUCCAUUGGUUGUUGUAACACCUCGGGGUCAGAUGAGUGAAACUCCAUUGGUUGUUGUAACACCUCGGUGUCAGAUGAGCGAAACUCCAUUGGUUGUUGAAACACCUCGGUGUCAGAUGAGCGAAACUCCAUUGGUUGUUGAAACACCUCGGUGUCAGAUGAGCGAAACUCCAUUGGUUGUUGUAACACCUCGGUGUCAGAUGAGGGAAGCACCAUUGGUUGUUGAAACACCUCGGUCUCAGAUGAGCGAAACUCCAUUGGUUGUUGAAACACCUUGGUCUCAGAUGAGCGAAACUCCAUUGGUUGUUGAAACACCUCAGUGUCAGAUGAGGCAAGCACGAUCAGUUGUUGGAACAACUCGGACUCAGAUGAGUGAAAUUCCAUUGGUUGUUGAAACACCUCGGUCUCAGAUGAGCGAAACUCCAUUGGUUGUUGAAGCACCUUGGUCUCGGAUGAGCGAAACUCCGUUGGCUGUUGAAGCACCUCCGUGUCAGAUGAGUGAAGCACGAUCAGUUGUUGGAACACCUCGGUCUCAGAUGAGUGAAGCUCCAUUGGCUGUUGGAACAACUUGGUCUCAGAUGAGCGAAACUCCGUUGGUUGUUGAAGCACCUUGGUCUCGGAUGAGCGAAACUCCGUUGGUUGUUGAAGCACCUCCAUGUCAGAUGAGUGAAGCACGAUCAGUUGCUGGAACAACUCGGUCUCGGAUGAGCGAAACUCCGUUGGUUGUUGAAGCACCUCGGUGUCAGAUGAGGGAAGCACGAUCAGGUGUUGGAACAACUCGGACUCAGAUGAGUGAAGCUCCAUUGGUUGUUGAAACACCUCGGUCUCAGAUGAGCGAAACUCCAUUGGUUGUUGAAGCACCUCAGUGUCAGAUGAGGCAAGCACGAUCAGGUGUUGGAACAACUCGGACUCAGAUGAGUGAAGCUCCAUUGGUUGUUGAAACACCUCGGUCUCAGAUGAGCGAAACUCCAUUGGUUGUUGAAGCACCUCAGUGUCAGAUGAGGCAAGCACGAUCAGUUGUUGGAACAACUUGGUCUCAGAUGAGUGAAAUUCCAUUGGUUGUUGAAACACCUCGGUCUCAGAUGAGCGAAACUCCAUUGAUUGUUGAAGCACCUUGGUCUCGGAUGAGUGAAACUCCAUUGGUUGUUGAAGCACCUCCGUGUCAGAUGAGUGAAGCACGAUCAGUUGUUGGAACAACUUGGUCUCAGAUGAGUGAAAUUCCAUUGGUUGUUGAAGCACCUCCAUGUCAGAUGAGUGAAGCACGAUCAGUUGUUGGAACAACUCGGACUCAGAUGAGCGAAACUCCGUUGGUUGUUGAAGCACCUCGGUGUCAGAUGAGCAAAGCACGAUCAGUUGUUGGAACAACUCGGUCUCAGAUGAGCGAAACUCCGUUGGUUGUUGAAGCACCUCGGUCUCGGAUGAGCGAAACUCCGUUGGUUGUUGAAGCACCUCGGUGUCAGAUGAGGCAAGCACGAUCAGUUGUUGGAACACCUCGGUGUCAGAUGAGCGAAACUCCGUUGGUUGUUGAAGCACCUCGGUGUCAGAUGAGGCAAGCACGAUCAGUUGUUGGAACACCUCGGUCUCAGAUGAGCGAAACUCCGUUGGUUGUUGAAGCACCUCGGUGUCAGAUGAGGCAAGCACGAUCAGUUGUUGGAACAACUCGGUCUCAGAUGAGCGAAACUCCGUUGGUUGUUGAAACACCUCGGUGUCAGAUGAGGCAAGCACGAUCAGUUGUUGGAACACCUCGGUGUCAGAUGAGUGAAACUCCGUUGGUUGUUGAAGCACCUCGGUGUCAGAUGAGCAAGGCACGAUCAGUUGUUGGAACACCUCGGUGUCAGAUGAGCGAAACUCCGUUGGUUGUUGAAGCACCUCGGUCUCAGAUGAGCAAGGCACGAUCAGUUGUUGGAACACCUCGGUCUCAGAUGAGCGAAACUCCGUUGGUUGUUGAAGCACCUCGGUCUCAGAUGAGCAAGGCACGAUCAGUUGUUGGAACACCUCGGUCUCAGAUGAGCAAAACUCCGUUGGUUGUUGAAGCACCUCGGUCUCAGAGGAGCAAGGCACGAUCAGUUGUUGGAACACCUCGGUCUCAGAUGAGCAAGGCACGAUCAGUUGUUGGAAAAACUCGGUCUCGGAUGAGGAAAAAUGAGGUGAAAAGCAACCCACAGGAAUCCCAAGGUCAUCUCUCCAGUUGCUCUGAGACCAAGAAAGUUCUUCUGGGUGCAAAAGAAAAGACUGCCUGCUCUGACAAUAACCAGAACACCACAUCAGUUCACGCAUUGCCACAUCUUGAAUCUAUUGAAGGUAAAGUUGGAGACACCAAUGACGUCUCAGUGACUGUAGGUAAACCAUCUUGCUCCCUAGCAGAGGGGCUCCAUCAGCAACAUGGGCACGUGGCUUCUGAGAACCAGGUAGAAGGAGUCAGAUGUGGAACUCAAGCAAGGUCUGGGAAGAAAAGAAAAAUGGCAGGACAAGAACGAUUAACAAAAGGGAAGCAUUCCCAACCUGACAGCCAGAAAAAGAAAACCCAAACUAAGAAAACAGAGUUACCCAAACCACAAACUAAAGCUUUGGAGCUUGGACAGCCCGAUUCCUUAGUCUCUAUUUUUUCUUCUCUAAGUAUGAAGGAAAAUCAGUCUUUGAAACCACCUAAAAUGAAGCCUGGCAGGGAGAGGGAUUUACGAUUCACAUACAGUUGUAAAAAGCAGAGCGCUCCUAGCCCAGCACGUAAGAAACCUGUGACUAAUCCUCCACAGACCCCAGCGGUAGCAGACCGUGACAAACACGAGGUAGCUGGCAGUGGUCUCAGUAAGACUGACCCAAAGCCCAGUGCAGGAGAGGGUGGUGCCAACAACCCAAGCGUGGCUUCAAGAUCCAUUCUGGCAAUGCCGAAGAAAAGAAUCGUGUUCAGGAUCCUUGGGGCCAGCCAGUCUUCACCUCCAGAAAAUUCAGGUGUGGGUGCUCCUGCAGUUCCAAAGGAUAACAAUUUCCAGCAACCUCUUUCAAAUCGUGACAGUGCCAGAAUUAUUCCCAAAUUAAUUCUAAAGGAGGUUAUAGACACUAAAAAUCAAAAGAAAUUUUGGAAAAAGAAGAUGGCUGCUACACAUCAAUCAAGCUUACUCAAAAACACUUACAAAACAGUGGUCCGGAAAAGAACAAAAUUUUCAGAAAAAAUGGCUCUUUGGGUUCAGCUGAUAGCAGCCGACAUCGUUAGGAAGUAUGUUGGUGGAUGCCGUAGUUUUACACGCCGGAGGCGUCAGUCAAAGACUGUUUUUAUUCGAAUGCAACUGAGGAAGAAGAAGAUGGUCGCCAGGAAGAUAAAGGAGGCCAAGAGAGCAGCAGCUGAAGCGCGAGCCCUUGCGCGUGCGCGUGCGCGUUCGCGCCUCUGCGUCAUCUCAGUUGUCCCAGCUGUUCCUGAAGAGCCGUCAUGCAGCGCCGCUGCAGGGCCUGCAGCGCUGCCUGCUGUCCCGAGUCCUGCGAAUGCUGCGGGAGUAAAGCGCUACCGGAAAACCUACUACCGAAGGAAGAAGAAGAAGCUGCUUCCUGUGAGAGAGUAUGACCUGAGAAGCUCAAGUUCCACAUCAAACGGGAGGGUGACACGUCUCACAAGCAGAUCGAGAAGCAAUGAGGCAAAAUAAAAGCGCAUAUCGUCGCUGAUGGAGAGAUCAGUCCUCACUUGGAUGGAACACAUUCGGACUUGAGUGAACGUACUUUUCCCAGCUUUGGCGGGGAAACUGACCUUACACUAUCCUUACACUAUUUUGCUACAGAUAUUAUUUUUCAGAGAUUUUAUAUUCAUUUAAGAUUAGUGUUUAGGGUCCUUUUUUUUUUCUUUUAAAGGUUUAAAAGCAAACUUUGUCCCGUUUCUGUAGAAGAGCUUCAUCUUAAUUUGUCUUAUAAUUUAGCAUAGAAUUUUGUCCCUUUAAUCAUGUCCACAUUCAUUUCCUCUGGAAAUCUUUCGUGCCAAAAAGUUAUAACACUGGGAGAAUGAACAUAGCAAACUUAUUAAUGUCAUCUUUUAAACAAUUGGACAGACGUCUUUACUGAAUUACCACGCUUACAAGUUGAAUGGUCAAUAAGUAUUCUAACUGGAUGAAUAAAAAGAGCGACAUUGUGCUAUCUGAGUUUUCGACUAUGAUUGACUUGAAUGUUCACAAAAAUAUAAUUUAUUUUUCUUUUAAAGGCAUUCCACGAAAUAAUUCUUUAAUUGAGGUUUCUUUCUUCUUCUUUUUUUUUUAAGUACCUGGUGAUUUUUAUAGACAACAGAAAUUCUUUCUCCUUCAUUUCGAUUGGAUCUGCAAGUCCGUAGCUUUCCUCCUUUGGACACAUACCCACAAGUCUGUUCAUUGGCAUUAUUAACCUUGUAUGGAAAAAGACUUUGCAAACAUGAUUAGGCUUUUAAACUACCUUUUCUCCCUUUACUAGUAGUCUAAAAUGAAAAUCCAGGUAAUUUUUAUCAUCUUACUUGUUAAUAUUUCAGGCACCAUUUAAAAUAUUGAAGUAAAGUUAUUGGUUUGAUAAUAGUGUGUGGGCUGGCCAUUGUCAAUGAGUGAAAAACUUGAACAUUUCAGAACACUUAAUGUAGUAACUUAACUAGAGACCCACUUUACAAGUGAGAAAUGAUUUAUACAUCAAUCAGUUUAUCUUCAACUGUCUAAUUAUCUUAAACUAGUUAGAUAGUUCAAGGUGAGACUAAUUUGACAUCUUUUCUUAAACUACCUAAUUGAUUUUAACAGUUCAGAUAAAAGAUGCUUGGAUACACAGUGUGAGCCUCUGGUACUUGAGUAUAUUCCUUUAAGGGACGUUGACUGACCUGGUGCAGAUGCAUCCUAGUUCUUGUUCAGUCAAGACCUCAAUCUCUUUCUGUCAUCGAUGUUACAAGGAAACAAAGUUUCCCUUUAUUGUGUAACUAAUAUAUCUUAGUGAAACUAGAGUCAGUGUUAAGCUGUGUGUUGAUUUCAGAGAUAAAACUGUGUUACCUUAGAAUUAAUGAAAUAUCAAUGUGGUUUUGUUUCAGGUGCCAUUACUUAACAUGUGAGUCAUUAAUGGUGAUAUUAUUGUCAUUACUUCUAAAUAUAAGCAGUAAUUAUAUUGCAGAGUGGACAAAUGUGGUUUUUUUUAGUUGGCAAGUAACGUGUUUAAUUUCUUCAACCUUGCCUCCUGAUUAUACAAACAUUUUAAUUCCCUUUCUUAAAAAAUAUCCCAGUAAGCCACUAGUUUUUUUUUUAAGUCUUCAAAUUUUUUUUUUUUUUUUUUUUUUUUUUUUUGGUUUUUCGAGACAGGGUUUCUCUGUGUAGCUUUGCGCCUUUCCUGGAACUCGCUUUGGAGACCAGGCUGGCCUCGAACUCACAGAGAUCCGCCUGGCUCUGCCUCCCGAGUGCUGGGAUUAAAGGCGUGAGCCACCACCGCCCGGCAAAAUCUUCAAAUUUUAAUUAAGGAAAAAAAACUCUGUUUCACUGAUUAUGAAGUAAACAUGUAAAAGCACUCUGUUUGCAGGUAUUAAUGUCUUUUGUAGUUCCCAGACACCCACUAUAAUAAACACUCCUGCAAUGUAAGUUAAAAGAGAGAGUUCAUACUCAAAUAACCUACCAUGGAAUUAUGCCACACCAUGUCUAUUAUGACUAUAUUCUGCAAUGGGGAUUAUUCUCAUAAUUCAAAUGAUAAAAAUUUCAAGUUAAAAAAUGUUACAGUUUUUUUUUCCCCACAAAUUGGAAACUCUUCUAAGUACCAUUUUAAGGAAAAGCAAGGAAAAGAUUCCUAUGUAAAAUUCACAUCACCCAAAUAUAAAAUGUCUGCUUCAGAUAUGAUGGUUUUGUUUAGCAUUUUGCAAGUGUUCACUAAGUUCUUCUAAGGAAUAUUAUUUUAGGCAAGCUUGGAAACUUGAAAUUAUAAAACGUAAGUUAAAUUGGAAGUGAAUUUUUCAGAAUUUGAUAGGAUACAAGAUGUGCCCCUUUGUCUACACGAAUAUUGGCUUAAUUUUUCAGGCUAGGUUGAAACAAUUGCUUAUUUUGUGUAGUCAAGAGUGCAUUUUAGUCUUUUAAUAGUAGUACAUCAAAUUACAACCAUAGUGAAUGUUUUGUUAAUCUUGUCCUUUUCAGUAUCUUGAAUAGAUUUUUAUUGUAAUUGUCCUGGUGUAUACAGUGUGUGGACAAUAUUGUGUAAAGAGUGUUUUUUGCAUUUGUGCAUUUAAAUUAUUUAUGUAACUAGGGCUCUGAGUAACACUUUUUUUUUGCUUAAAGAAAGCUAUAUUUAAAUAUUCAAAUAAUUAUAUAUUUCCAUGUAAAACUAAUGUGAAGACCGAUGUAUUUUUUAUAAUGCAAUUUAAAGUGUAAGCUUGUUUUGAUGUUAUCAAGAUACAUUUAUUAAAUAUUGAAAUUUGUGUGUACUCUCUCCUCAUAUUAGAACCUUUUCCUUGAAAUACUUAAAAAGAAUCAGAGAGUCACCAAGUCUGAAGUAACUCUGUUAAAAGGCCUGAGAGAUGAUAAAUAAGAGAGUGCAAAUGUUGAUGCUGGCGAGAAAAUAGUUUAACCAAAGAUGCACGGUUGUACUCAAAUCAGUACUUAUUUCAGAAGAUUAAACGACCACUCAUUUGCGUGGUGGAGUGAUGGGGCAGCUGUGUUUUACUUGCGCACCUGUACUGAAAGGAUUGAGUUCAGGAGCAGGAUCCAUCCCACCAUCUGACCCCUUUUGGGAAAGGAGAACCCCAAACCUUCCAUCUACCUCCCUGUCUUCUAGUGCCAGUAGCGUAAGACCGUGCCGACAGGAUGACAUGGGAGAGUAUGUCAGGGAAGAGUGAGCCAGGCGUUGUGACCCUAGAAUUGUUGACUUACAGGGUUUGUUUCUAGAAUGAGAAUAUCUUACUCUUUCCAAUGAGAAAUUACUUUGUAGUAAAGGAAUUUUAUGUUUAGAAUCAUGGAAUUACAGAAUUAUACACCAAAAUGCCAACUUGAGGAAAUGGAAGGUAAGGAGACUUAGCAUUUCCUCAUCUCUUGUUCAAAUGAACUCAGAUAUUAAAGGGGAAAAAGGAUAAUUUAAAACAUUUCCCUUUGUCCUUAUACUUUUUGUGUGUAAAGUUCCAAGUAUUUUAAGCCACGGGCUUCGUUUUUAAAACUGAUUUGCUUUGAUAAGGAUUAGGUCGAGGCUGAAGAAGUUUGUUGCUGGGGCUUUACAUUAUUUCUAGGUUUGUUUAUUGAUUUUAAUAACCUUUAAACCUGGAAAGCAAUUUAUUUACCAGAUUUACUCCUCCCAAAUUUAGUGUUUGUACAUAUCGAGCCCUUCUUGAGGACAGCACAUUUCCCUAAGCUUUAACUGCAUCGUGUCCCUUGAUCUUUGUAUUUGGGAGCCUUGGAUUCUAGAACGAUUACUAGGGAGAAAACUGAGGCAUAGAGUAGUUAACCCCCAGUUAGAGGCCGUCUCUCUUCUAGGUUCUGUUUCCUUAGUUUCCCUGCUUAGUUUAUAAAAAACGGUACCUUUAUGUUAGUCUUGGGGUAGUUUUUUGUUGCUUUGUUUCGCUUUGGUUUUUUUUUUUUAAAUUUGUUUUGUUUAUCAGGAUUAGGGUUUUUGUUGUUGUUUCUUGGUUGUUUUUCGUUUGUUUGGUUGAGAAUCUCCUUUGUUAUAUAUAGCAUGCUGAGUAUUUUUGGUUUUUAGUUACUUUUUAGCAAGUAGUUUUAAAUUGACUUCAGUUUUAAUUUUGUUGUCUUUCUGCCUCUCAGAGUUGAACCCAGGGCCUUGUGUGUGUGGAUUAGGUGCCCUGUUGCUGUGUUGUACUCCAGUUCUCAGACAGUUUUUAGUGACCAGAGUCUUUGUUUCCUGACAGCAAGUGAGAAAGCCAACCGGUGAGGCUAGCGUAGUUCCCUUCAUAGCUCUUCUUUAUUAUCUGAUUACUCCUCAGAUCCAAGACUGGACAGCAGAGUUGCCUUUUGGGGUGUUCUUGUGGCGCACUUGAGUGUUGAAUGCUCUUUGGAUCUUUGACUCUCCUUUUCCUGCCCAGCGUGGUAUUCUUUUCCCUGUGCUCAGUCAGUCCUCAGUUUCAGCAUAUACACACACACACACACACACACACACACACACACACGCACGCACGCACGCACGCACGCACGCACGCACGCAUCACCUCAUGCCCUCAAUCCUUUCAUGAGGGAUUGCUUGCAGGGAACUGAAAUCUGAGAUUGGUAACCACCAAAUUGCUGGUUUAAUCCAGAUGUGCCACAGAGCCAGGAACUGUGUUGGUGACAGCCUCUUGGUUAAGUUGUUCAGCAUAUUUAGAUACCGUCAAAACAAGGAAGUCAGCAUUGAUCUCAUGUAUCUACUCUGCAGACCUUAUUAAAAUUUCACAAAUUAUCCCAAAAUGUCCUUAUAGGUCCUGGAUUUGAUCCACAUUUCUGGACUUGAUGGACUUUGUUGGUUUCUUCGAUGUGGAGCAGUUUCUCGCCUGUCUGUACUUGAUAGCAUGGCAUUUUGAAAGUACUGCUUUAUUUGUGGGAUAUCCUUGAGUUUGAGCUUGUCUGUGUUUCUUUGUAACCUGCAUUUUUGGAAUUCUGUGUUCUUCUCAGUGUGUAUUAACUGAAGCCAUGUGAUGUCAGUUUGAAUAAAUGUGGUGAUAGAAUAUA